UAGAUUGCCACCGAAUAAAUACUUUUGCAGAAUAUUUACAAAUAUAGAAUAUUAAUUAGGUUAUGCUAGGCUAACUUAUGCUAGGCUAUGCUGAGAUAAGAAACAACACACAGCCUGGGGCAGUGGCUCACACUUGUAAUUCCAGCACUUUGGGAGGCCGAGGCAGGUGGAUCACCUGAGCUCAGGAGUUUGAGACUAGCAUGGACAACAUGUUGAAACCCCAUCCCUAAUAAAAAUAUAAAAAUUAGCUCUCCUCCCGCCGCCCAAGAUGCCGAAAGGAAAGAAGGCUAAGGGAAAGAAGGUGGCUCCGGCCCCUGCUGUCGUGAAGAAGCAGGAGGCUAAGAAAGUGGUGAAUCCCCUGUUUGAGAAAAGGCCUAAGAAUUUUGGCAUUGGACAGGACAUCCAGCCCAAAAGAGACCUCACCCUCUUUGUGAAAUGGCCCCGCUAUAUCAGGUUGCAGCGGCAGAGAGCCAUCCUCUAUAAGCGGCUGAAAGUGCCUCCUGCGAUUAACCAGUUCACCCAGGCCCUGGACCGCCAAACAGCUACUCAGCUGCUUAAGCUGGCCCACAAAUACAGACCAGAGACAAAGCAAGAGAAGAAGCAGAGACUGUUGGCCCGGGCCGAGAAGAAAGCUGCUGGCAAAGGGGACGUCCCCACGAAGAGACCACCUGUCCUUCGAGCAGGAGUUAAUACCGUCACCACCUUGGUGGAGAACAAGAAAGUUCAGCUGGUGGUGAUUGCACAUGACGUGGAUCCCAUCGAGCUGGUUGUCUUCUUGCCUGCCCUGUGUCGUAAAAUGGGGGUCCCUUACUGCAUUAUCAAGGGGAAGGCAAGACUGGGACGUCUAGUCCACAGGAAGACCUGCACCACUGUCGCCUUCACACAGGUGAACUCGGAAGACAAAGGCGCUUUGGCUAAGCUGGUGGAAGCUAUCAGGACCAAUUACAAUGACGGAUACGAUGAGAUCCGCCGUCACUGGGGCGGCAACGUCCUGGGUCCUAAGUCUGUGGCUCGUAUCGCCAAGCUCAAAAAGGCAAAGGCUAAAGAACUUGCCACUAAACUGGGUUAAAUGUACACUGUUGAGUUUUCUGUACAUAAAAAUAAUUAAAAUAAUACAAAUUUUCUUCAAAAAAAAUUUAUAAAAAUUAGCCAGGCGUGGUGGCACACACCUGUAGUCCCAGCUACUCAGGAGGCUGAGAUGGAGAAUUGCUUGAACCAAGGAGACAGAGGUUGCAGUGAGCGAAGAUCAUGCCAUUGCACUCUAGCCUGGUAGAAAGAAUGAAACCCUGCCUCAAAAAAACAAAACAAAACAAAACAAAAAAAAGGAACAAUACACAAAUUUCAAUGGCUUAAAAUAGUAAAGGCUUAUUUUUCACUCACCCAGGGUUUCCUGCAAAUCCUGCUGUCUGCAGGACAGUUAUCUUCCAUAUAAUAGCUCAGUUUUACAUUGCAUUCAUGGUCAUAGAGGCAGAGAAGGGUGUCAUGCAGGGGAGUGUUAUACAAGUGAUUAAAUAUUUCCACCAUCUCUGCUUACAGUUCAUUGGUCAAGGAGAAUCACAGGGUGAUGGCAAGCCCAGAGAUUUAGGAAGGGAUGAGCCCUUUGGUGGCGCAGAAAGAGAAGAGCCGGGAAUAUUGAUAAGCAACUCUAGUAUUUUCACGUAUAAGAACUGGAACAGUGAAAAAACAAGCACCUAGGAUUCUAUAAAGAGCACUAAAUGCCAGAAAAGCUGAUUAAAAUAAGCCAGAGAAAGAAUUCAGAGGCAAAAAUAUAUAUCACAUGAUUUCAGUAAGUGCAGUUGAGAAAUGAUGUUUUUAGUAUGAUUUUCAUUUAUAUUUUAGAAAACAAAAUCAAACUGAUUAUUACAUUGAGGGUGAAUCAAAAAGGGGGAGAGGCUAUAUCGAGAAUAUGAAUAAAAAACUAAUAAACAUGCUAACAAAUGAAAUAAGUGUGAUAUUUGAUAACAGCAAGACUGGUUGCAAAUUAAAUUCAUGAAAUAAAAAAGAAAGCCUAUAUGAAAAAGCAAAGUAAAAAAAAAUGGCUAAUUAGAUGGUAACAUAGACUUGGGAUGAGCAGCAUCUGACAAGGAAAGAUAAGCAAACACCUUGAAUUAUUGAGUGUAUACAAAUCAGCAUGUCUCCACUCAUUCCUGUCAAGGUUACCAGGAGCCAGACAAAGAGAUGAAUGACACACACCUUCAUUAUUUAGGCCAAUUCUCUGCUCUGGCUGGAGGUGAUUGGGUUGCCCAGAUAAACUAUUUAAUGUUUAUCCCCAAGCAAUGGGCCAAAUAGCAAUUUAUCUCAUUUGGUCUCUAAAGGAACUUAAAAAAGAGAAAGAAAGACCAUGAAACUGCCAGCUCUGUUAUUCAAGCAUCUGAACUCUGCGUCAGAUUGAUCUCUGACCAUUGCUUGAUUGAACUGUUGCUUACUAUAUUAGCAUAUUCUAAAUGUUAAAAACAUUUUUAUAUAUGUAGAUGUGGUCAGAAAGAAUAUUUAAGCCUGGGGGGAGUGCCUCUUGGAGAGCAGUGAACCAUUCUAUUAGGUUGUUUUGACACAAUAUAGCAUCUCUGGGACAGCUUAAAUAUAGACUAUUAAAAACAGAAGUCUGUAUCCCCAGGAAACAAACCUGACAGAGCAAUUAGUCGAAACACAGAAUAUUUCUAUAGCCAAGUCAGUCAUGGAUGACAUUGCUUAUGAGUUACCAAAUAGUGAAAUAAAAACUAAUAAAAUUUUAGAAUAUGUCAAACAUACUGAUUUCUAGCACCAUUUAGGCUAAUCAUACCAAUUGUUGCCUACAUUCUCCCCUCCCCCUUUUCACUAUAUGUUGACUUUUACUUUGUAGAAAGUGUGUUUGUCUAGUAGUUUUUGACUGUCUCGCUAAAAUUAUCCCCUUUGGGAUUUUUAUCUCCCUUUGCCUCCAACCAUAAUAUUUUAUGGUUUGGGUGUUAAUUAUAGUUCUCUUUGCAUGUGUUUGGGGAUAGUUCUGCUGUUUUAAUGUAUGGCUCUUUCCCAAUUAAAUGGAAAAUCCUGGUUGGUAAGAGACAUAAUUUUCUUUGUGUUUGUGUCCUACCCCUGGCACAAUUCAUGAUACAGUGCCUUCUACAUCAUAGGCACUCCAUAAAUGCUUGUUGGAGUGCAUUGAAAAGUCAAGCCCAUUGUGAGUAAAGCCACAUCCUGAUAACUUCAUGCCAUGCACAUACCACCUUUGAGCUAUCUUCUCUCCGUAAGACCAAUUAUUUAUUUCCAAUGACAUAGGCAGCACCUGUUUUGGGCUUAUUCCCAAAAAAGAUCCCACAGAGAUAUGAAGAAAGAAAUCUUUGGCUCUCCUUUUUAGGUUGGCCAUGUAGGGUUUCCACAUAAAAAAGUUAUAAACCACUAGAGACAAAAUUUUAAAAACAGCAAAAUAUGUCAUUCACAUCAUAUCACAAACAUUAUGGAAGUUUACUUCAGGAAGAGGUUCAUGCAAACUGAACAGGAAACUAGAAUUCUUGCUAGUGAAGCCCCCAGUUAGAAACUCACAUCUCAGCCGCAUGUUCACAGUCCAAUGUCAAUGUUUAGCCAUUCUCAAAUAUGUCAAAAAUAACAUUGGCAGUAGUAUUUAACUAUGAGGGAAGAAGAGACCUAGUUUUCUUUAAAGGUUUUUAAUUAGCAGUCAUAUUGAGAGAAGAA